AUGCCUUCCAUUCUCGAAAACGUGGAUGGACUCAUCCCCCCCCCAGAGACAGCUGUCAAAAUGGCCCCCCUCUUACACCCCCGCAGCGCGACUCUGAAGACCGGCGAGCUGGUGACCGUCCACCCGGUCGUCGACGGUCCCUCCAGCCUCGCCUCUGGCCUGAUUGAUUUCCUGCACGCGGAAUUCAGCGCAGAGAUCGCCCGGGGAUGUACAUAUCCCAUGGAGGAACCGAUGGAGCGGGAUAAAUUCGCAGAGUACUGGUUCGGCACGUUUGCCGUAGUCGUCUUACGGGGAGACACUCAAUUGACAGCGACUAAAGAAGAUUGGAGCCAGGAUUGUCUGGGGACAUUCUACAUCAAGCCUAAUUAUCCGGGCCGCUGCUCUCACGUCUGCAAUGCGGGCUUCCUGACAACCUCCUUAGCCCGAGGCCAGGGCAUCGGUAUAGCCAUGGGAGAAACUUAUCUGGAAUAUGCUCCGAAAUUGGGCUACAAAUACUCCGUCUUCAACCUCGUCUUCGCAAAUAACCCCGCUUCCAUCCGCAUCUGGGAGAAGCUCGGCUUCAGCAUCAUUGGACGCGUGCCCAAGGCGGCGCGGCUGGCGAAUAGUGAGGAACCGGUUGAUGCGUUGAUCUAUGGUAGGGAGUUGGCAUGA